GGGGGGGGGCAGGGUGCUGAGCAUGGUGCUGCCCCCCCCCCCAACGUCACCGGCAGCCUGCACCUGGGCCACGGCCUCACGGUGGCGCUGCAGGACGUCCUCGUGCGCUGGCGGCGCAUGCAGGGCUGGGAGGUGCUGUGGCUGCCAGGCACCGACCACGCUGGCAUCGCCACACAGGCGGUGGUGGAGCGCUGGCUGUGGCAGCGCCGAGGGCUGCGGCGCCAGGACCUGAGCCGCCCUCAGUUCCUGCAGGAGGUCUGGGCUUGGAAGGAGAGGCACGGGGAGCAGAUCCUGGGGCAGCUGAGGGCCCUGGGGGCGUCGCUGGACUGGAGCCGCCUGAGCUUCACCAUGGACCCUGGCUUCUCGCGGGCGGUGACCGAGGCCUUCGUCAGGCUGCACCGGGCAGGGCUGAUCCGGCGCCAGCAGCGCCUGGUCAGCUGGUCCUGCGCCCUGCGCUCCGCCGUGGCCGACAUCGAGGUGGAGUCGCUGUCGCUGCCGGGCCCCACGCGGCUGCGCGUCCCUGGCUGUCCCCAGCCUGUCACCUUCGGCCUCCUCUUCACCUUCGCCUACCCUGUGGAGGGUGACGACGGCCUGGAGCUCCCUGUGGCCACCACCCGGCCUGAGACACUGCUGGGGGAUGUGGCUGUGGCUGUGCACCCUGAGGACCCUCGGUACACGCACCUCCAUGGCCGCUUCCUGCGGCAGCCUUUCACCAACCGCCUGCUGCCCAUCGUCUGCGACCGCAGCGUCCAGCCCCAGCUGGGCACCGGAGCAGUGAAGGUGACCCCAGGGCACAGCCGCCUGGACCUGGCCCUGGCCCUGGCCCAUGGCCUGCCCCUGCUCAGCGUCAUUGGGGAGGAUGGCACCGUGAGCCCCCGGGGGGGGGGCUGGCUCCAGGGGGUGCAGCGCUUCGCGGCCCGGGAGCAGCUGCUGGCAGCCUUGGCCGAGCUGGGGCUGCUGCGGGGCUGCCAGGACCACGCCAUGGCUCUGCCCCUCUGCAGCCGCUCCGGGGACGUCAUCGAGCAGCUGCUGAAGGAGCAGUGGUUCCUGAGCUGCCAGGGCAUGGCCCGCAGGGCACAGCAGGCAGUGGCCUCGGGCAGGCUGCAGCUGGUGCCAAAGUUCCAUGAGAAGAGUUGGAGGAGCUGGAUGGAGAACAUGGGGGACUGGUGCCUGUCCAGGCAGCUGUGGUGGGGCCACCAGAUCCCUGCCUAUUGGGUGGGGGGGGGGUCCCCGCGGGGGGGGCUGUGGGUGGUGGAGCGCAGCGAGGCCGAGGCUCGGGCCCGGGGGGCUCAGCUCCUGGGCUGCCCCCCCGAGGAGGUGCAGCUGCUGCAAGACCCGGACGUGUUGGACACUUGGUUCUCCUCCUCCCUCUUCCCCUUUGCCUCCCUGGGGUGGCCUCAGCAGACCCCGGACCUGCAGCGCUUCUACCCCACGCGGCUGCUGGGGACGGGCAGCGACCUGCUCUUCUUCUGGGUGGCCAGGAUGGUGAUGCUGGCCCAGGAGCUCACCGGGCAGCUGCCCUUCACCCAGGUGCUGCUGCACUCUCUGCUGCGGGACCCCCAGGGGCGCAAGAUGAGCAAAUCCCUGGGGAACAGCCUGGACCCCCUGGACCUCAUCCGGGGAGCCCCCCUCCAGGACCUGCAGCAGAAGCUCCAGGAGAGGAUUCUGGACCCCAGGCUGCUGCAGGAGGCCAAAGAGGCUCAGAGGCUGCAGUUCCCCCAGGGGCUGCCGGAGCUGGGCUCAGACUCCCUGCGCCUGGCCCUCUGCUCCCACAACGCCCACGGAGCGGAGCUGCAGCUGGAGCUGGCAGCGGCUCUGCGCUUCCGGCGCUUCUGCAACAAGGUCUGGAACUGCCUGCGCUACGUCCUGGCGGCCCUGCAGCGCCUGCCCCGCCCCCGGACACACCCCCAGGUGCUCCCUGGCCAUCCCCUGUCGCGCUGGGUGCUGAGCAGGCUGCUGCAGGCCGUGGGGGAGGUCAACAGGAGGCUGGAGGCCCUGGAGGUCCAUGCAGCCCUGGCUGCUGUCCACCACUUCUGGCUCAGGACCUUCUGUGAUGUCUACCUGGAGGUCUCCAAAGGCCUCCUGAGGGACCCCCAGGUGGCUGAUGAGACCCUCAGCACCCUGCUGAGCUGCUCUGACCUCGGCCUUCGCCUCCUGGCCCCCUUCAGCCCCUUCCUGGCCGAAGAGCUCUGGCAGAGGCUCCCCAAGACCCCCCAGGACCCCCCCACCAUCUGCCUGGCCUCCUUCCCAGACCCCCAGAGCCUGGCUCAUUGGCACUGCCCUGAGGUGGAGGCCCAGGUGGAGGCCAUGAUGGAGGUGGUGAAGGCUGCCAGGGGCCUGAGGGACACCUUGAGGCUGGGAGCUGCUCGACUACCCUGUGAGUGA